CCCAUUUUGUUUCCUGGCUACUCUUCUUUUUCUUCUUUCGUUUCUGAUCGUAUACCCACCACUCCUCCCUCCUUCCGACCUGUAUCCUGUACUCUCUUCAAGCAUUCCCUCAUCCAACAUAGACAACAACCACAACGGAAGCCUUGAACCCAAAAUCAUUAACCAUGUCCACCGAAGCUCCAGCGUCGCCCUCCACACCUGUCCACACAUACAGCGCAGGGACGCUCGUCUACGAGGUUAACUUGUCGGUCCCGCGGGAGAAGGUCGACGAAUACCUUGAGUGGCUCCGAGGAUUCACAAAGGAGCAAGUGAACCGGAUCCCUGGGUUCUUGUCGUCAAUGGUCUUCCGUCAGCCAAAGCCAUAUGGACUUCACUGGUUAUCGGAAGAAGGCAACGCAAAGACGUACAUCACCGUUCACUAUGUCAUCGAGUCACAAAGACAUCUGGAGCAGUACCUUGAGAAGGAGCAGCCAACCGUUGCGGCCGCAGAGCAGGAGCGAUUCGAGUUCUUGGUCACCAGCCGACGCACCCUCAGCGUCGUCUUCUAAUCUGGGCACUUUUAGGUCUCAGGAACAGCUCUUUUCUUUUAGUAGAGAGGUCAUCUGGACAUAGAAAGACGGACGACUGAGAUUUGGGAGUACAAUAAUAAAAACAGCAAAAACAAACGUCGAGCCAGAGCAAG